AUGACAGCCUACGAGUCUUCCGGAGCAAUUGCGAGCGGGGAAGAGAAAGGGAACAAUACCCAGACAGCUGAUGCGCCCGUGAGAGAUACGUCAAAUGCACCACUGCCAUCACCUCCAGACGGCGGAUUUCAUGCCUGGGCUCAGGUCGUUGCGGGACACUUGGUCGUAGCCCUGACUUGGGGCUACGCAUCCAGCUUCGGGGUGUUCCAAAACUAUUAUGAGUCUACGCUACCACAAGCCCCCUCCGAUAUUUCGUGGAUCGGUGGAUUCCAAGUCUUCUGUCUUUUGUUCAUCUCAACGCUCUCCGGCCGCGCAACAGAUGCUGGAUUGGCAAGGCCGGUGGUAGCCCUAGGUGGGCUGUUGUUGGUUAUCGGGACCUUUAUGACGAGUCUGGCCACAGAUUACUGGCAGAUCUUUCUGGCUCAGGGACUUUGUAUUGGCAUCGGCCAGGGUCUCAUGUGGCUGCCUACUGUGACAUUGAUCUCGACAUACUUUGUACACUAUCGAGUCUUUGCCGUCACAGCUGCUGCCACGGGAACGAGUACGGGGGGCAUGAUUUUCCCCGCAAUGAUCCAGUAUCUUACCCCGAGGAUCGGUGCAAUGGGAGUCGUUGUCCUCGUCAUGGUCAUAAUCACCUUGACACUUUUGCGUCCUCGGCUACCACCACGCAAAGCGGGACCACUGAUUGAAUGGAGCGCUUUCAAGGAACCGGCCUACAUGCUUUUUACCAUGGGGGUAUUCCUUCUAUACUGGACCCUUUAUUUUGCCUUUUUCUACGUGCAAGUCUAUGCGACUGAAAAGCUCGGGUUGUCCCAAGAAGCCGGAGUGAAUUUAAUUAUCGUCACCAACGCCCUUGGAAUACCCAUUCGCGCCCCUUGUGGCUAUCUAGCCGAUCGUUAUAUCGGCCCGCUCAAUUUACUGAUUCCUUGGGUAGCGCUGUGCGGCAUUCUGAUGUUCUGCUGGGCCGCCGUUCAUACUGUGGCCGAGCUAUAUAUCUUUGCUGUGUUUUAUGGACCGGCAUCGGCGGCCGCUAUGGGCUUGUUCGCUGGCACUAUUCCUUCAUUGACCAAAGACCUGGACAAGAUCGGCACUCGAGUUGGCAUGUCGCUCUCCAUGAUAAGCUUCGGACCCUUGACCGGCCCAUCCGUGGCGGGGGCGUUGAUCGCGCGCACGGGAGGUGGCUAUCUGGCUGGGCAAAUAUGGGCAGGAUCAGCCUUACUCGUAGGAGUAUUGGCUCUUGGGGGAGCACAGGUCAUAAUAUCCGGGCCACAUCUCCGAGCAAAACUAUGA